UCUCGCCUCCAGCCCCGUCUGGCCAGUCUUCGGGUUUCCUUCCUCUCCCUCCCUCCUUUCUGAGCAGCCGGCUCCCCGGGCCCGCUCUUUCUAGCCCGUCAGGGCUCCCUCAGCCCCCCGCCCACCCGCGGCCGCGUGCCCGGAGCGCCCGGGCCGGUGCCCCCGCGCGGAGGGAGCCGGGGAGAGCCUGGGCCGUGGCCCUGCCCCAUGAUUGGAGCAGGAGAGAGGCUCGCCGAGCCCGGGGCCCGCGCUCUGGGCCGAGCCCAUUCCGAGUGAAGUGAGUCAGUGCAGCCUGCGGCUCCCCCGUGCACUCCCUCACUCACACGCUGGCGGCGGCGGCGGCCGCUGGCUCCCCGCUCAGCCCCGCUCUCGCCCCGUGCCCGGCCUCUCCCGCUGCCCUGGGGUUUGAACUGGUAAACACAUUGGUCUCUUAAAGGACAUGAUUCAGACUGUCCCAGAUCCAGCAGCUCAUAUCCAGGAAGCAUUAUCAGUAGUGAGCGAAGACCAGUCCUUGUUUGAGUGUGCCUACGGAACACCACACCUUACUAAGACAGAGAUGACUGCCUCCUCUUCCAGCGAAUAUGGGCAGACAUCAAAGAUGAGUCCGCGUGUCCCCCAGCAAGACUGGUUAUCACAACCACCAGCUAGAGUCACCAUCAAGAUGGAAUGUAACCCAAAUCAGAUUAAUGGGUCAAGGAAUUCCCCUGAUGACUGCAGUGUGGCAAAAGGAGGGAAGAUGGUCAGUAGCUCAGACAAUGUCGGCAUGAACUAUGGAAGCUAUAUGGAAGAGAAACAUGUUCCACCACCAAACAUGACAACUAAUGAACGAAGAGUGAUUGUUCCAGCAGAUCCUAUGUUAUGGAGUACAGACCAUGUACGUCAGUGGUUGGAAUGGGCCGUGAAGGAAUAUGGUCUUCCAGAUGUUGACAUCUUGUUGUUCCAGAACAUUGAUGGGAAGGAAUUGUGUAAAAUGACCAAAGAUGACUUCCAGAGACUCACCCCAAGCUAUAAUGCAGAUAUCCUCCUAUCACACCUACACUACCUCAGAGAGAGAGGUGCAGCUUUUAUUUUCCCAAAUACUUCAGUUUAUCCAGAAGCGACACAAAGAAUUACAACCAGGCCAGAUUUAUCAUAUGAACAAGCCAGAAGGUCAGCAUGGACAAGUCAUAGUCACCCUGCUCCUCAAUCAAAAGUUACCCAACCAUCAUCAUCAACAGUGCCCAAAACAGAAGACCAGCGACCUCAGUUAGAUCCCUAUCAGAUUCUUGGACCAACGAGCAGCCGUCUUGCAAAUCCAGGGAGUGGACAGAUACAACUGUGGCAGUUUCUGCUGGAACUCCUGUCUGAUAGCUCCAAUUCCAACUGCAUUACCUGGGAGGGCACCAAUGGAGAGUUCAAGAUGACUGACCCUGAUGAAGUAGCCCGGCGCUGGGGAGAAAGGAAAAGCAAACCCAACAUGAACUAUGACAAACUCAGUCGUGCACUCCGUUAUUACUAUGACAAAAAUAUUAUGACUAAAGUCCAUGGUAAGCGUUAUGCCUACAAGUUUGACUUCCAUGGAAUAGCUCAGGCCCUCCAGCCUCAUCCUCCAGAGUCAUCCAUGUAUAAGUAUCCAACAGACCUACCCUACAUGAGCCCCUACCAUGCACACCCUCAGAAGAUGAACUUUGUAGCUCCCCAUCCUCCUGCUUUACCUGUAACUUCCUCCAGCUUUUUUGCUGCCCCUACUACAUACUGGAAUUCACCAACUGGAAGUAUCUACCCUAAUACUAGGCUUCCAGCCACCCAUAUGCCUUCUCACCUUGGCACCUACUACUAAGUGGGAAAAAAAUAAGAGACACUUCUCCAUGGAAUAUAGUACCCAAUUAAUUAUAAUGAACUUUAUUGGAGAACAUGAAUUAAAAAUGCCUAAAAGUGACAUGAAAAAGUUUGACUGGGGGAAAAUGUCAAAAAGACUCUUUGUAGUAGGGAAAGUAUUCAAGAAGUAUAAAGAUGCUAAAAUGUAAUGUAUAUGGGCAUCGAAUCUGUGGACCAAACAACAAAAGACUGUUGUAGGUAAAAGCAUGAAAUGAUAAGGACAACCUACAAAAGAAAGUGGUCUUAAAAAUUUGAUAAGCUUCUGUGUAAAGUUUGAUAUCUUGCUAAUGCAAAGUGGGACUAUACUACAGCAAUAUAAGGAUCAUUCUAUAGUGACCUAACAUACAGUAUAUACAUUCAUUAAAAACAAAAAACAAAACAAAAAAAAAACCCAAACCAAAAAAACCACCUGUAUUUAAAAAAUGGAAACAUAUCAAAAAGACUGGUUGAGUAUGGAAGCUGAUUUGGAAUACAACAGCGUUGUUUUUGGUUAAACUCAAAAGGCAUUCCAUUCAUUGUAAAGAUAUCAGCUAUUUCAAACUGUGAAGACAACCCAAGCUUUAAGAUUUCUUGACAAUACUACAAUACCCUGAGCUACACAUUGGAAUUGAGAAUGUGCUGAAAGGCAAGAGUAUAAUCGUAGAUCAAGGGCCUGCAUCUGAUACAGGAAGUAGAAAGGAAGAAGAGGAGGAUGAAGAUAAGAAUGGGAGAAAAGAAACUUCUUUACCAGUAGAUAAAGAAGAGACUGAAAACUUGGUAGUGUUGGGACUAUAAAGAAUUAUUUGUUUGGACUUGAGAAAUAUUUUGAUCAGUAUUAUACCAUUCCCAGUAUUAUAGAAGGAAUAGACUUGAUUUUUUUUUUAAGUGGAGAAAGGGAAAAGCAGUAGAAUUCAGAAAUCAGAAUAUGCAUCUCUUUAAAAAAGGGAAAACUGGAAUUGUCUGAUAUUUAAAAGUAACAUUUAGGACCUCAUCAUUAUUAAGGGAGCUUGUUUUCUACUGGUUUAAGGUAAGAGACAACCCCCGACUGCCAAAAUCAGAUAUCAUGUAAGUAUUUUUGUUAGGCGGGCGCCAGUUUUUCUUUUUCGAGUCGCGAACGCUGUGCGUUUGUCAGAAUGAAGUAUACAAGUCAAUGUUAUUUUUUUCCUUUUUAUAUAAUAAUUAUAUAACUUAUGCAUUUAUACACUACGAGUUGAUCUCGGCCAACCAAAGACACAAAAAAGGGACAAUCAAAAAUAUUGUGGCCUUGAAUUUUAACUCUGUAUGCUUAAUGUUUACAUUAUGAACUUAUUAGUACUUAGAAUGCAGAAUGUAUGUAAUAAAAUAAGCUUGGCCUAGCAUGGCAAUUCAGAUUUA